ACCCUGCUAGGACAUCGACCGACAAAUGCGGCGCAGCCUUUAGUCUGCACAGUCGUCUACAGCCCACAACCCGCGGAUUUACAAUCAACAAUUGACACAUAUUUCCGCGCAGGGAUAUCGUUCUCUACCAUUUAUAUAUUUUCUAAAUAUGCGGUGGUUCGUGUGUCCAAACAUGGUGUAGCUAAACUCUCUGAUCCGUGAAGCAACAAAAGCCCGCUAGCACUGAGCCAGGAUGUCCAGUAGCUCGGGCUACCCCCCCAGCCAGGGGAGCUUCAGCAGCGAGCAGAGCCGUUACCCACCACAUUCUGUCCAGUACACCUUCACCGGAACACGUCACCAACAGGAUUUCACCAUCCCAGACUAUCGGACACACAUGCAGGAUCCACAAGGUCGCAGGAGACCGUCUUUACUGUCUGAAUUCCACCCUGGAGCUGAAAGGCCUCCAGAGAGACGCCAUGGUUACGAACAGCAGUUUCACUCUGUCACAUCCCAGGCUGAGCAUGAGGCCUUGGAGUCUAAACGCCCUCGCAUGGAGACCGUUGCUGAGUCCCAUAUCACCCGCACCCCUUCCACUGCCGGGGGUAUUGUCCUGCCUUUGCCCCAUUCUGUACAGGACAGCCUUAGGGCCAGUGUGGAGGUCAAGAAGGAGCCUCAGUUCUCUGUCAAAGUGGAGUCCCCAUCCUCAGGAGGACCAACACUACACAUGGGUGAGGACCAGGACACAUCUCCUUCUAAACUAUCCAAAGAGGAGCUGAUCCAGAGCAUGGACCGCGUGGACAGAGAGAUUGCAAAAGUGGAGCAGCAGAUUUUCAAGCUGAAGAAAAAACAGCAACAACUUGAAGAGGAAGCAGCGAAGCCCGUGGAGCCAGAAAAGCCAGUGACGCCGCCCCCAGUGGAGCACAAGCACCGCAGCAUAGUCCAGAUCAUCUAUGACGAAAACAGGAAAAAAGCUGAAGAGGCGCAUAAGAUACUGGAAGGUCUUGGUCCAAAGGUUGAGCUGCCUCUGUACAACCAGCCAUCAGACACAAAGGUGUACCAUGACAACAUAAAGACAAACCAAGUCAUGAGGAAGAAACUGAUUUUGUUUUUUAAGAGGAGGAACCAUGCACGGAAACAAAGGGAACAGAAGAUCUGCCAACGCUAUGACCAGCUGAUGGAAGCAUGGGAGAAGAAGGUGGAGCGGUUGGAGAACAACCCCAGACGCAAAGCCAAGGAGAGCAGAACGCGGGAGUACUAUGAAAGGCAAUUCCCAGAGAUCCGCAAGCAGAGAGAGCAGCAGGAGCGUUUCCAGAGGGUUGGACAAAGAGGAACAGGCCUCUCUGCAACAAUUGCAAGAAGCGAACAUGAGAUUUCUGAAAUCAUCGAUGGCCUUUCUGAGCAGGAGAACAACGAGAAACAGAUGAGACAGCUGUCAGUCAUCCCUCCCAUGAUGUACGACUCGGAGCAGAGGCGAGUGAAGUUCAUCAACAUGAACGGCCUGAUGGACGACCCGAUGAAGGUGUACAAAGCCCGUCAGUUCAUGAAUGUCUGGACCGAGCACGAGAAGGAGAUUUUUAAAGAGAAGUUCGUUCAACACCCUAAGAACUUCGGCCUGAUUGCCUCCUAUCUAGAGAGAAAGUGUGUUGCUGACUGUGUACUCUACUAUUACCUGACCAAAAAGAACCACAACUACAAGACGCUGGUGAGACGAAACUAUGGAAGACGGAGAGGAAGGAACCAGCAAAUAACACGUCCCUCACAAGAAGAAAAGUCAGACGAAAAGAACGAAGAGGACAAAUCAGAAAAGUCAGAGAAAAAAGAGGACGAGGAAAAGAAGGACGAGGAAGAGAAAGAUGAAAAGGAGGAUUCUAGGGACAUUGGCAAGGACAAAGACAAGUGUGACGGUGGGGAGGACGAGGACGGAAAGGAGCAAAACACGCCACGUGGCAGGAAGACUGCCAAUAGCCAGGGCCGCCGUAAGGGAAGGAUCACCACACGAUCUAUGGCCAAUGAGGCUGCAUCUGUGGCAGCUGAGGAAGCACCUCCCCCUGCCACUGAGCCUGCUUUGCCAGAUCCUCCGCAGCUCCCCAAGUCGGAUCCAGCGCAGAAGACCAUGAAGGAUCCUGCAAAAUCCCAGACUCCAGUCACUUCCAUGGAUGUUAAUAAAGCGGGUGCUGGUGAAACCGGAGAAACUUCUCGCUGGACCGAGGAGGAGAUGGAAGUCGCCAAAAAAGGGCUUGUUGAGCAUGGGCGAAACUGGACAGCCAUCGCUAAAAUGGUGGGCACCAAAAGUGAGGCGCAGUGCAAGAACUUCUAUUUCAAUUACAAAAGACGUCACAACUUGGACAACUUGCUCCAACAACAUAAGCAGGAUACACGGAGGGCUCGCGCUGAUAGGUCUCAAGGUGAAAGUCUAGCCACAGCAUCACCUGAUGACGAUGAUGACAAUGCAGAUGACAGUGAAGGCGGCGACAACAGCUCCGAUACAGAGAGCGCCCCGUCCCCCUCUCAGACGGACUCCUCUAAGUCUGGUGACUCUAAGAGGGCAGACAGCACGGGAGAAGCUCAGGGCUUCGAGCAGGACAAAGGUCAGGCUAGUAACGGAAAAGCCCCAGAGGCUUCGUACGGGGAGCUCCGUGUCAAAGAAGAGAAAAGCCCUGAGUGUGAGCCUGGAUCUCAGGAGGAAAAAGCCCGAGUGGCUUCGUUCGCAGACUCAGUGCAUCCCAAAACAGAACCUCAGGAUGUGGACAUGAAGACUGGAGAGGUUCAGGUCAAGGUGGAGCCUGAAAUCAAGGAGAAGGGAGAAAAGGGCGAAAGGCAGAGGGAGCUCCAGUCAGAUAAUGACUCCAGCGCCACCUGCAGUGCUGAUGAGGACGGGGAAGCGGAGCCUGAACGACAGAGAAUAUUCUCUAUGGAAAAGCCGUCAUUACUCAAUCCUCCAGGCACGGUGCUGGUAUCCUCACCUAAGCAAACCCAACUUAACAUGCAGCAGAUUCAGCAGCGGGCAGCUGCCAUCCCACCCAUGGUGCAUGGCUCUGGCGAGGUACCCAUCAGUGGUUUCGUCAUGUUACAACAUCAGAUCAAAGCAGUGCAUGAGUCGGCGCACCAGGAGGAGAAGCAGAGGCAGGACCAGGGAGACCUGGAGCGCAGGCCUCCUUUCAACACCCGCAGUCCCAACAUACUGGACAGAGACAGUAGACACUUAUCCUACAUGCCUUAUGACAUGAUGCUGGCUAUGGACCAGGAGGUCCUCUCCGGUCAGCCAGGCUCUCCCUACAGACUCUCCCCCAGGGAGCUGAGCAAGGCCUCAUCUCAGCCUGACCCCAACGCCCCCAAUGUAUCCUGCUACAGUGUGCCACCAGUUCUCCACCCUGCUCCUAACCAGCUGGUCUCAAGUAUGCCAGAUGCAGUCCGUGUGACGUUCAACAGAAGCAGUCGGCUUCCUUCUCCUCCUCCUCUCAUUCCAACUACAAAGCCCACAGACAAGCCUUCCUUCAUCCAAGGAGGCUCCAUCUCCCAGGGAACUCCUGGCACAUACCUGCCAUCUCAUGUUGUUUAUGGCCCAGAGGGGACUAAGAGCGCAGUGGGAUCCAUUUCUCUGGGUCUCCCUCGGCAACAGGAUAACAAGCCUGUUCAGUCCGUACAGGACAACAGAGGCAACCCGGGGAAGGUCAAUGAGGGCCUGGCUUUCCGAGGCUCCAUCACUCAGGGCACUCCUGCCCUGCCUCAGUCUAGCAUUGCUGCCGACCUCCUGAAGGGCACGAUCACAAAGCUAGCCACCGAAGACCUGAGCAGCCCAGACAAGACCAGGGCAGAGCAGAUGGGUAAAGGUCACGUCAUCUAUGAAGGCAAGAGUGGUCACAUUCUCUCCUACGAUGGUGCUAUAAAGAACCCCAGGGAAAACCACCCCCGGAACAGCCAUGAACUAAAGCGCACCUAUGACAUAAUGGACGGACCCAUGAGCAGAGGACACCCUGCCAGGGACGGGGCUCCAUUUGAGGGGUUAAUUAGCAGAGCCUUGCCCAGAGAAGGUCUCCAUGGAGAUCCUAAGGACAGACCACUGAUCCCCGGAUCCAUCAUGCAAGGAACGCCUAGAACUGCUGCAGAGGCUUAUGAGGAUGUCAUGAAAUACGGAAAACAGAUAAAGCGAGACAGUCCCCCGAUCCGUUCCUUUGAAGGGGGCAUUGGCAAGGGCAAGCCCUAUGAGGGAAGCAAUACUAUUAAAGAGAUGGGGCGCUCCAUUCAUGAAAUCCCACGACAAGACCAGUCUGGCCAGGACAUGUGCAAGACCCCUGAGAUGACCGACAGGAGAAUUUUGGAUGGCUCCAUAUCUCAGAUUCACUCUCUGAACCCGCCUACCAUCAAACACAACGUCAAGUCCCUGAUCACCAGUCCGAGCAAGCUUCCUCACAGCAUGCCCCAACUUGAGGCCAUGGAUCGAGCCAAAUACGAGGAUAACAAGCCAGUACGCCACACUUCGGUGGUAAACUCCACCUCUGUCCUGCGCUCCACACACCAGGAGCCUAGUCCCAAGUCUCAGCUUAGCCCAGGCAUGUAUGAGGACGUCAAUGCUCGCAGGACCCCUGUAAACUACAGCACACACAAUCCUGUGUCCAGAGGUUCGCCCAUGCUGGGACGUGGUCAAGAAGGUGGCAUGAGCUCUGCAAAAUCUGCUGCACAUGAAAGAAAGAGUGCCAUGACCCCGACACAGAGAGACAGUGUCCCAGCCAAAUCCCCAGUGUCAGGCGGUGACCCCGUAGCCUCUCAUAGUCCAUUUGACCCCCACCACCGGCCUGUUGUUCCCGGAGAGGUGUACCGAGCCCACUUGCCUUCGCAUCUCGACCCCACCAUAGCCUUCCACAGAGCGCUGGAUCCUGCUUUCAUGUUCCCCAGGCAGCCGUCUCCAACCGGCUACCAUAACACCUACCAGCUGUACACUAUGGAGAAUACGCGGCAGACUAUUCUCAACGAUUAUAUCACCUCCCAGCAGAUGCAAAUCAUCCCUCGGCCUGACAUGGCCAGAGGACUGUCACCACGGGAACAGCCUGUUGCUAUCCCUUACCCUGCUGGAGCUCGAGGGAUUAUUGAUCUAGCCCAGAUGCCUCCAACUAUCCUGUUGCCUCACCCUGGGGGAACAGGUUCUCCCUCUUUGGAACACCGCCAAAUCGCCUACCUCUCUGGAGCACAGCCCCCUUUCCCUCCUAGGGCUUUCAACCCAACCUCCAUGUCGCCAGGUCACCCAACCCACCUUACUGCUGUCAGUGUGGACAGAGAAAGGGAGAGAGAGCGAGAGCGAGAGCGUGAGCGUGAGAGGGAAAGGGAGCGUGACCGUGACCGGGAGCAGCAGGAGAAGGAGAGGGACAAGGAAAGGGAAAGGGAGCAGAGGGAGAGGGAGCGGGAGCGGGAAAUGAGAGAACGAGAACGAGAACGGGACCGAGAGCGAACCAAUGAAUUCAUCCGAGGUGGGCCAGAGCAGCCAGUUCGGCCAGGGAGUCGAGGUUAUCUGCACUCACCUUCUCCCUCGCUCAGGACACAGGAUGUGGUGGUCCAGCAGCGGCCAAGCAUCUUCCAAGGAAAAAGCGUCAUCACAUCUCUAAUGCCUCAUACAGCAGCAGCGACAUCAUCACAACAGAGUGGCGCUCGCUACAGUACUGCAGCUGAUGCUUUGGCAGCAUUGGUGGACGCUGCAGCCUCUGCUCCACAAAUGGACGUGGCGAAGGUGAAGGAGAGCAAACACGAACGGGACGACGAUAGGUCUUCGCCGGCUGGAUCUCGGAGAGCGCCCAGCAUCUCUGAACAACAGCAACAGGAGGCAGAAAGACGAUCCCUGCACUCGCCGUACGGUGCUAUGUCCCUGCCAGGGGGUAAGCCCCAUCCAGCUUAUUCUGAGGGUCCUGGUGUUGGAGUUAAGGAAAAGGGACCACAAACUAAGUCACGCAUUGAGGAGGAGCUUCGGGCUCACGGAAAGACGACUAUCACAGCCGCUAGCUUCAUUGAUGUCAUCAUCACUCGCCAGAUCGCCUCAGACAAAGACUCACGGGAGCGAGGCUCCCAGAGCUCUGACUCCUCUAGCAGCUUGUCAUCCAACCGAUAUGACAACACUGGUGGAGGAGCCAUUGAGGUGAUUAGUCCUGCUAGUUCCCCAGUCCAACCCCAACAGGACAAACCAGAGGAGGUGCAGCAACAACAGGCACCAGUUGGCAUGCGGGCCUACGACAUGAGCCGUUAUCGGUCGUCGGUGGAGGCAGCACAGUCUAGCUCCCAGCAGCCCCCCUCCUCCCAGGCGGACGGCUACUCGCAAGUCCCGAAAACUCACAGGGUCAUGACGUUGGCAGACCACAUUUCGCAUAUCAUAACCCAGGACUUCGCUCGGAAUCAGGACACUCCCGCAGUCUCUUCCUCAUCUUCUGCCACAUUCCAGAGUGUGGUGCCGCCCGUGUCCUCGUCAGGUCGAGUCAAGGUGCCCAGCCGCUACAGUCCUGAGAACCAGGCCCCACACCACCAGAGACCCUCCAGCAGAGUUUCCCCAGAGAAUGCCAAUGAGAAGUCCAGAGCCAGACCUGGUAAAUCUCCAGACCGAGGGGGCAGGCCAGUAGAGAACUACGAGCCCAUCUCUCCACCACAGAGCUACCAAAACAUUGACAAACAAGAAGCUAGCGGACCUCCUCCUCAGAGACGAGAGGCUGACAACACAGAGAUCAGGAGUGACUCAAGAUCCCCGGGGAGUGUCAGCUAUCUGCCUUCGUUCUUCACCAAGCUGGAGAACACCUCGCCGAUGGUGAAAUCGAAGAAGCAGGAGAUCUUUCGUAAGUUGAACUCCACCUCUGGUGUCGGUGAUUCUGAUGUUGGAAACGCACAACCAGGCACAGAGAUUUUCAACCUGCCUGCUGUUACCAGCUCCAGCAGCAUUAACCCCAGGAACCACUCCUUUAGCGACCCAGCCAGUAACCUGGGCUUAGAGGACAUCAUCCGCAAAGCCUUGAUGGGUAACUUGGAGGAGAGACAGGACGAGCACCAAGGAGGAGUAGGGGCAGUUACCAUUAACAACCCACCUGGUGCAGGCAGCGACACUCGGCAGGAGGCCAGUCCAUCUCCCAGCAUGGGAAAGCAGAAGCAAGGCAAAGCCAACAGCCGAAAAUCCAAGUCCCCUAACCUGGGUCAGGCCUAUGCUGGAGGGGAGCGUCCCUCGUCAGUGUCCUCUGUCCGUUCUGAGGGAGAUUAUCACAGACAAGCCCAACCCCAGUGGGACCCAUGGGAUGAACGACCCUCAUCCACAGGACCCAUGCAGUUCCCUUACAACCCGCUAACUAUGCGCAUACUGAGCAACACGCCUCCCACCUCCAUAGCUUCACCUGCUAUACAGAGCCAGCAGCAGCCACAGCAACCAUCCCAAGCUGGAGUCCCGGUGGCUCAGCAGCGAGUGUGGCCGGCUCUGCUGUCAGAGCAAUACGAGACCCUGUCUGACAGCGAUGACUGAGCUCUGCGCACUACGGCACCCAAUAACCCCAAUAACCAGAAGAGAGGCCUGUGCUGGGGCUCGUUUGUUCACCACACCCCACCCUCCCCCCUCCCCUCCCAGAACUAACCUCGCUCAUUUGCGAGUGGAACAUAAAAAUGGGGUGGUGUCUCUUUAUUUUAUUUUUGGUGCUAUGGCGCCCCCUGGCUGUUGGCUAAAAGUACAAGCAGUCGUCUGUAACAGACAGGGCUCCCUUGAACAAGACUUGCUUUUGGUCCGGAAGCACUCACCCAGUCUGUCGGGGAAAUAAAAAAAAAAACUCAUCCGAGGGGUUGACAUGAGCUAUAAUAAAGAUGAAGAACUUAAUAUGUAAAAAGAAACAACAUAAGAAACUAUUUCUGAAUUUUCUUUUUAUUUCUGUAAAGAUAUACUUUGUCUUUAAGAGAAUCAAUGUAUGUAAAUAGAGUAACCUUUUGCAGUGUUUUUCUUAACUUGAUUAUUUCUUAUUUUAAUGUCGCUUUUAAAUUGAUCCACUUUAAAUGGGAAGAGUAGGGGUGUAAUCUUUGAUAUCACAGUUGGUCUCUCCCAGUCCACCCCAAGCCCAUGUCACCUUACACAAACUCGAAUAUUUUUACCAUAGCGAUGCUAAGAGAGACUGGACCUGUGGUUUGUACUUGACCGUGAGUGGAGCACAGAGAUUGUGCCUCACUGCGCACCCUCCACCAAGCACCAGAGCCUGAACAUUGUGGACAUGAGAAGACAAAACAAAACAGACUAACAUUUCAAGCAGCGUUGAUAUCUGAUGCCUGUCUUCGUCACACAGUGGAGAUGAUGCAUGGAUCGUAACUAUCUGAUGGUAGAGAUAACCUCUCACCCCAUUCUAGACAUAGAAAUGUCUUUGAAACAAGUUGAGAACACUGGUGUCAUAGCAGAAAGGUGAAAAGUCUGAUAUAAGCUUAAUUUUGCCAGAAAUUAUAUCCUUAUGACUACUCCUGGACCCCGUCUGAAUAAUGAAAGUGAGCCAAUGUGUUAUUUUUCUUUCUUUCAACAGAACCGUGUGUUCUGCCACAUGUAGCUGUCUCUCUGUCUUUUCCAUUUCCAACUUGUCCAGAAUGAUUAGCUCUGCAAUGUUGUCAUGGUUAAAAAAAAAAAAAAAAAAAAAAAAAAAAGUAUGUCAGGAAGUUUUUUUUUUUUUUUUUUUUGGAUGCUUUUGCCAUGCCUUGUGACUUGAGAAAGAAGGCAGCUUUAACUAAUUUUCUCAGAGAUAUACGUUGGUGUUUGAUGUUUGUAUUUGUUUCUGUAGUCCCUCUUUGUUUUGAUACUGUCCUGACAAAAAUCUGAACUCUGUAACUUGUCUUUCCAUUACACAAAAAGACAAAACUAACCAAACCUAAAGAAUGGUCUGCACCAUUGUUGCACUUUUUUUUUGCUUUGUAGCUUUUGACAACAAAAAGCAUACUACCUGCUGUGUAACUUAUUCAUCCUCCAGCCCAGGAGUAUACUAAGAUUUGCUUUAACUUUUCCCACCACUCGCAGAAAUCUGGAUGUUCUGACUUCCUGUUUUUCUUUUCUUGUUGCUGGUACAUGAUUUGUUUCUUUCGUGUGACACGUGCAUCACAGUUACAGUUUUAAAGUGUAUGGUACCGUUAAAUGUCUUGAGUUUGCUGUCAUGGUGAUUCAAAACCGUGACCACUUAAUCUCUGCUUUCAUGGUCAAUCAACAGGCAUAAAGCUUUGAAAAUGAAUUAUACUAGAUCAACAUCAUAAAAACAACAACAAAAAAAAAACAAUAUUAGUUUUUUGCUUUUUCAGCUUUCGCUCUGCUCAGUUAGCAAAUCCAUUCUUCUCUAUACUUGAUUCUUCCUCUCUUCCUUUCAUUUAGAUUUUGGAUCUUUUGCCGUAGAGCACCGUCAGAUUUUUAUUUUCUGUAAUUUUCAACAUCUUUGUAAUUCAUCCUGUUUAGAUGGGAUGUUAUGUGUUUACAGACGCAAUGACAAAAAAAGUUUACAAACUUGAAUCUUAAGGAAAUCCGACAUGAAGCCGAAAAAGAAUUGGAGCAUCUUUUCAGCUCUCUAUCAAGUGGUGACUUUUUUUGUCUUUUUGAAAUUGAGACUUGAAAACCCGUGUAUCCUAUGAUGUUGAAAUGCAAUGUUUGUAUCGCACAAUGUCUCUUAGUAGGCUAUUACAAGAGUUCAGACCAAUCAAAUAAAGUGGAUCAGUUCUCCACCACUGAAAAA